AUGCGUUCCAAAUUUAAGGAUGAACACCCCUUUGAGAAACGACGGGCUGAGGCCGAGAGAAUCAGAAAGAAGUACGAUGACCGUGUGCCUGUCAUCUGCGAGAAGGUCGAGAAGUCGGACAUCCCCGUGAUUGACAAGAAGAAGUACCUUGUUCCUGCCGACCUCACUGUGGGCCAGUUUGUGUACGUCAUCCGAAAGCGAAUCAAGCUGAGCUCAGAGCGGGCGAUUUUCAUCUUUGUCGAUGACGUGCUCCCUCCCACUGCUGCCCUGAUGAGCUCCAUUUACGAGGAACACAAGGACGAGGACGGGUUCCUCUACGUGACUUACUCCGGAGAGAACACCUUCGGCGACCUGGAGCAGUACAGGUUGGAAUAA